AUCAGUACACCAGAGCGAUGUGUUGGUCACAUGAUCGCCUCCAUCAGUGAACAGUUUUGUUUAUCAGUGUUCCAAAUGCCUGUGCUCGUGUGACACUGUUAUUGUUAUUGGAUUAUUCGUAUGUCACUAGGAAUCAGUCGUGCUUUGUGAAAUGAGAGGAGGUGUGUCCUACGAAAUGAGUUCGACCUGUAUGCAAGGUGGCAUCCCUCUCCCCUUAGGAGGAUAUCAGCCCAACAUGAUGAUAAAGCCUUCUUCGCCCGCCCCCGCUUGGCAAUUCCAUUCCGUCGUACCGAAACAAGAACCAAUCGACCACGAGGAGAAAAAUGACUCUGGGAUCAAUUCUGGAAGUGACAUCCAUUCCUCGUCACCAGGAAGUGACCACAGCGAAAACAUUCCGUAUUCGUCUCCCUUGAACAGUCAAAUUACUCAUCCGGUUCACCAAUCCAACUACUGCUUAACCCCUAUCGCAAGGCCGAAUCCACCUUCCGCUAUGAUGUACCACCAACAACAUGUAUACAAUGAUCACAAUCCUUUAACACCUCCUUGUUCAGAACCAAUGGCUUCGCCAAAAGGUCACGAAAACCAGCACCCUACCACCUCAGCGUCCGAAGAAAAAUCCGAGCCUAUGGAACAACAACACAAUUUGACUCCUUGCGCAUCACCUGGUGCUGCAGGUCAAUCCCAACCUCAACCAUCAGUAGAUAAUACCCACACAGACAACCCCUUGAGAAGGUUGCAAAUGGCCUUAGAGAAAAACGGUUUACUGUCGUCUCCGUUGUCACCAAAACCCAGCGAAUACUCUGGCGAGGACGAGAACAAAUCCGACAACGACGGGGAUGAAUACGACGAACAAGAACUAAGAGUACCAAAGGUAAACUCCCACGGCAAAGUCAAGACGUUUAAAUGCAAACAGUGUGACUUUGUGGCCAUCACGAAAUUGGAGUUUUGGGACCACACUAGAAGUCACAUCAAAGCCGACAAACUGCUGACUUGCCCCCAGUGCCCAUUCGUGACUGAAUACAAGCACCACUUAGAGUACCAUCUCCGGAACCACUUCGGUUCCAAGCCAUUUAAAUGUACCCAAUGCAAAUACUCCUGUGUAAAUAAGUCCAUGCUUAACUCACAUCUAAAGUCGCACUCUAAUAUAUACCAGUACCGGUGCUCCGACUGCAGUUACGCAACCAAGUACUGUCACUCUUUGAAACUUCACCUUCGCAAAUAUGCACAUAAACCCGCUAUGGUGCUCAAUCCAGAUGGUACGCCUAAUCCCCUACCCAUAAUAGACGUUUACGGAACUCGCAGAGGUCCAAAGGUGAAAAACCAAGAUCAGAAAUCUGUAGACGAACCGCCUAUACCAGAGCAAGUCCUGCCUUUCCCUCUGAACCAAAUCAUGUUCAACCCCCCUCAGAUGCAGUUGCCUUUCUCGGGAUUUCCCUUCUUUCCUGGUUUUUCUGGGGCUUUGCCCAACCCCUUACUUCUCCACAACCUAGAGAAGAUUGCGAAAGGACAAGCAGGUUUCCUGCCACCCCAGGAGCACGCAGAAGAAUCCUCGGGAUCCUCCCAACCCGAUACUGAGGUCCUAGAUCUUAGUAAACCUGAAGAGACCGUUCAGAAAAACCGUCGCAAGGGGCGCGCUUUCAAGCUGACCCCAACUCACGAUAACUCUUCUGAUGAGGAAGAGGAGACCACCAUGUUCAGCAACGUGGAAGUGGUGGAGGAAAGAGAGCAGACUUCGAGAGGGGAAGCUGCUGAAGCGAAACCAGAAGAGGAGGUUUCGAAUAAUAACAACCACAAAGAAGACUUCACUUGCCAGUACUGCAGCAUCAAUUUCGGAGACGCGGUUCUCUACACCAUGCACAUGGGCUACCACGGUUAUAAGAACCCGUUCACGUGCAACAUGUGUGGAGAGGAAUGCAAAGACAAAGUAUCCUUCUUCUUGCACAUCGCCCGCACCCCCCAUUCCUAGAUUGUCUUCUCCAAGACUGACUGUACAUUCAGAAGAGCCUAUGUUCUUAUAUUUUAUAAAGACGGUUUUUAGUAUAUGUUUUUAAUGUCUAGUCAACGUCAGUUAUGUACGCAACUGUGCAAUUUACUUUCUAGUUAUGUUUGCGGAGACGUUACGGGUUCCAGGACCAUCCACCUCAACCAUGACUUUUGUAUAUUUUUUGGUACUUUUCUACUGUGUAUGUAUUUAUUAACUUAUUUGUAGGUUGUUUAAUACAGCUAAUGUUCCAAAUGAUAGCGGGGUUCUGAACGUGAAUUCCUGUAAAAAAAAAUAAUUGAGAAGUUAGGUCGUAAGGAAAUCGAUAUUUUUAAAAUUUAUUUAUUACCAAUUUUAUGCCAUAUUUUUUGUAAAAUGUAUUAUAUAACGGGGCCACAUCCUAAGACUGAUCUGUAAAUAUCGGUGUUUUAGUAUUAACUGAGCAAACAAUCAAAAACGUGUAUUAUAAAUGUGGGUAUUAUAGUUUAAUAGUGCUACAACCAAAUAAUAAAUGCAUUUGUACAAUA